CGCGGGCGGGGCGAGGCGGGAGCCGCCAAGAUGGCGGCGGCGGGGCCGCGGUGGGGGCGGCUGGGUCGGGAGGGCCGCGCCAGCCUGGCCGCCUUCCUCAUGGGCGCCUCGGUGGCGGCUCUGCCCGUGGCCCUGGGCUCCCCGCCGGGCCUGCUGGCCGCCCCCGGCCUGCGUGGCCGCCUGGCGCUCGUCCUGCACGUGGCGGGCGUCAACGCCGCGCUGCUGCUGUUCUUCCCGCGGCCGCUCUACAGGAUUGCCGUCCGCGCCUGUUUCUUGGGCUUCGCCUUUGGCUGCGGGCUGCUGCUGAGCGCCGGACGCUCUGCCUGGCGCCACUUCGGAUGGUACGUGUGCUCUCUUUCCCUCUUCCACUACUCGGAGUAUCUAGUGACAGCCAUCAACAACCCACGCAGCCUCUCGCUGGACUCCUUCCUGCUCAACCAUAGCUUCGAGUACAACCUGGCUGCGUUCUCCUCCUGGGCGGAAUUCACGCUGGAGAAGCUUCUCUUCCCAGAGCUGAAGCAAAUCACCUGGCUGAGCACCGUGGGGCUGCUGAUGGUGAUCUUCGGGGACUGCCUGAGGAAAGCUGCCAUGCUCACAGCCGGCUCCAACUUCAACCACAUCGUGCAGAACGAGAAAUCGGAUACUCACACGCUGGUGACGAGUGGGGUGUACGGGUGGUUCCGGCACCCCUCUUACGUGGGAUGGUUUUACUGGAGUAUUGGAACACAGGUGUUGCUCUGCAAUCCCAUCUGCCUGGUGGGUUACGCACUGGCCUCCUGGUGCUUCUUCAGGGAACGGAUCGAGGAGGAGGAGAUAACGCUCAUUCACUUUUUCGGAGAAGAGUACCUGGAGUACAAAAGAAAGGUGCCAUCGGGUCUCCCUUUUAUUAAAGGAGUCAAAGUGGAACUGUAGUGCGGGUGAAAACCGGACUGGCUGAGCGAACGCCCGGCUCCAGGUGCUGCCAGGCGAGGGACGAUGUGUGGUGCGGGAAGCAGCCCGUUGGUGUUUCCCGGCUGCCUGGGAGGAGCUGGCAAAGGGCUGCGGAGCUGGGCAGCCAGCCAGGUCACUAGUGGAUCAGAAGCUCUUUUAUCCUCCUUGAGAUAAGUCCUUCAUUGCACAUUCAGGGAUCUUCCAGAUAACUUAGCCUUUAGUGACCCUAAAGAGAAUCGACCCCUUCAGCCUGCAGCAGCUGAAUUGUAUCGGAACGCCUCUGGACCCAUCCGUUCGGAGAACAGCUCUGCCCUCCACCCCCAUGCAGGAAAAGCGCUGCUCGGCGGAUUGUUGCUAUGGCUUAGUUUGAAUUUAAAGCUUUUUGACCUUGCAAGCCAGGCAGCGCAGCUUUAAUCUCUUUAGGCCAGGUGCUGUGGGCUGGUGCUCAUGGCUCAUGGGAGCCUUCAGCUCGCCAGGUCCAGGGGCUGCUGCCCACCCUUCUGGCAGCCGGUUAGUGCUCCCAAGCAUUCACGGGGAGCCUUUUCUGCUCUCCUUGUGCUGCUGGAUCGCGAGCGGCUCCUGAAAUGCAGUAGGAGAACGACCCUGCUCUCUUCUCCCUCGGCUGCUGCCAUGAAUUUGGGUCACUCUUUCAGCCGCUGCCUCCCUGAGCCUCCCCACCUCUUCCCACUUCCAAAUCGCGAUGCUUCCUAUCCUGCCAAGCCUCCUCCAUCCUGCAGAGAUCCCAGGAUUUGGGGCUGGGGAAGAACCGCAGCUGCCAGGUUUGCCAAGGGCUUUAGGGUUCGGGAUCCUUGCCUGCUUUUUGGGGUGAAACCUGGGAUGUCGGCGCGACCAGGAGAUGCUUCUGGGGGAAUUAUCCAAACGGGAAACCAGUUUGGCUGGCUAACGCUAUUUUAAAAGUUACCAUUUUGGAAAUGGUUCCUCCUUGAGCUGUAUAGUAUAACUUAUUCUGUCGUUAUGUACCAAAGAGGUUCACUGUUUUCUUCAGUUUUAAACUAUCCUUUCUAGCUGGAAUGGAAACGAGUUGCGUCGGUUCACGCUUUGGGAUCAGGGUGUUCCACGGUGAAGGUGCUGAGGAACAGCUUGGGAAAGGGGGCUCUGCUGGAAAUUGCUUUAGGGUUGGAUUUUUUUAAUAAAACCCAAGAAAAUUGUUA